AGUCAACAUCACCACAUGAAAAUGUAACUAAAGGCUUUUUGCGUUUAUACACUAAGUUAAAUAUAACUAAUAGACCAUCUCAAUCCCUUCAGGCGAAGAACUUUAAUGGGUUGGCAGCUUUUUCCUUAAACCUGUUUACCCCACAAUUGGGUGAACGUAACUCACGUAAGCGGAUGCAAAAGGUAAGGUGGAGACAACACAGGUUAUUGGGAACACUGGAUUAUUUCAAGAUCUACGAAAAUCGUGAAAUAUCCGGCGUAGAAAGCU